AUGAAGGCGUCGGCGUGCCGAAUAAUGACCUUUUUCAUAGGUGCGGUAGAAAUAUGUUACAUGCCAGCCCCGGUAGGCGAUUGCAGUAACUGCUGUCCAAGAGAUGAUAGUGUGGACAUUCAGUACAAGCUUUUUACAAGGUCACAUCCAACGACGUUUCAAACGGUUCCUUCGAAUAAUUUCGCCGUUUUGGCUAGAACAGACUUUAAUACGUCAAAACCUACGGUCAUCUACAUCAUGGGUUUCUCAGAAGUCAUCACCGGACCCAGCACUACGACUUUAAAAAGAGAGUAUCUGACCGUCAGCGAUUGUAAUUUCAUAUCUGUGGACUGGUCACGUCUCAUUGCUUUCCCAUGGUAUGUUACAGCUGUUCGUAAUACGCGUUAUAUGGGAACUAAACUAGCGGAUUUUAUUCAAUAUAUGGAUUCGGUAGGUGCAAGAGCAUCGUCACUUCAUAUUAUAGGAUUCUCGUUGGGUGCCGAAGCAGCCGGCUUUGCGGGGAAAAUAUUAAAAACGAGGGGCAUACAAGUGGGUUGGAUUACUGGUUUGGAUCCAGCUUACCCUGGAUACAGAUUUACAAACAGAGAAGGUCACUUAUCCAAAGGAGAUGCGGCUUUUGUGGACGUCAUUCAUACGAACCCCGGCAUUUUCGGUUUUCUGCAACCGAUUGGCGACGUUGACUUUUAUCCCAACUAUGGCUCAUGGAUUCAGCCAGGCUGUUGGGUUGAUGAGCUUGUUAAGCAUAAGGAGAUCAGAUUCAUAUAUGGUUGCAGUCACAAUCGAGCUUGGCGUAUCUACGCGGAGUCGCUGAGAAACCCAACCGGUUUUCCAGCCACCUUAUGCAAACAGUGGAAAAGUCCAUCUAGCAAUUGCGGGUUUACGGUCGACGGUUAUAUGGGAAUUGCAGCUCGACCACCGAUGAGAGGUAUCAUGUAUUUGGAAACAAAUCAGAAGCCUCCAUUUGCGAAAAAUGGCCCAUGA